UUGAAAUAAAGCUCAGAUACUGAAAUACCAUGGCAGAGGAUGAUUACUAUACAAAUGAUGGCACAGUUAAUAUACAUAAACAGCCUGCUGUCAGAAAGAAAACCGGUAACUGGAAAGCGUGCUACUUCAUCCUGGGGAAUGAAUGUUGUGAGAGGUUGGCAUACUAUGGGAUGAGCACCAAUCUGGUGAACUAUCUUCAGAAACGUCUAAACAUGGGAAAUGCCACUGCAUCAAAUACUGUCACAAAUUGGUCAGGCACUUGCUACGCCACACCAUUGAUUGGAGCUUUUCUAGCUGAUUCCUACUUGGGAAGAUAUUGGACAAUUGCCAGUUUUUCAAGCAUUUAUGUUGUAGUAUGUAACUUCCAUUCAUCUUUUAAUACUUGA